AUGUCGGUGAGUCACCCCACUAUGGCGGGCAGCUUUUCCCAAUCCCAGUGGUACAUAGAAAACCCAAACGUUGGGAAGAAGAACCAGGCUGAGGACUGGAGAGUUCUUGGAUAUAAUCCACUCACGCCCCCGAAUCUACUACAGCACGAGAUCUCACAAACAAAUGAGUCAAGGAGCACUGUUGUAACUUCUCGCGAAGAGGCAGCAGCCAUUGUUAGGGGUGAGGAUGCAAAGGGCCGGCUCCUCGUCAUCAUCGGGCCGUGCUCUAUCCAUGACCCCCAAGCUGCUCUCGAUUACUGUGAUCGCCUUGUCAAAAUAAAAGAAAAGUACAAUGAUCAGCUCAUGAUUGUUAUGCGCUCUUAUCUCGAAAAACCACGGACUACUGUUGGCUGGAAGGGACUGAUCAAUGAUCCUGAUAUCGAUAAUUCUUUCCAGAUCAAUAAAGGGUUGAGGACUGCUCGACGUUUAUUUGUUGACUUGACUGAAAAGGGCAUGCCCCUUGCCAGCGAGAUGCUAGACACCAUCUCACCUCAAUUCCUGGCAGAUUUACUUUCCGUGGGUGCAAUUGGUGCUCGAACUACUGAAUCCCAGCUCCAUCGUGAGUUGGCCAGUGGCCUUUCGUUCCCCGUUGGAUUCAAAAACGGUACCGAUGGCUCUCUUGAUGUUGCUGUUGAUGCUAUUGGUGCCGUACAGCACCCCCACCACUUCCUCUCUGUGACUAAGCCCGGCGUGGUCUCUAUUGUCGGAACUGUGGGUAAUGAUGAUUGCUUUGUUAUUCUUCGUGGAGGCAAGAGAGGAACCAACUUCGACGCAAAGAGCAUAGCAGAAGCCAAAGCAAAGCUGUCUGAAAAGGGACUUUCUCCGCGUUUAAUGGUUGACUGUAGCCAUGGAAACUCGCAGAAGAACCACAAGAACCAGCCAAAGGUUGCUGCUGUCCUUGCUGAACAGAUAGCAGCUGGAGAGGAAGGAAUUAUGGGCGUUAUGAUUGAAAGUAAUAUCAAUGAGGGAAACCAAAAGGUGCCUCCAGAAGGGAAGGCUGGGCUCAAAUACGGAGUCAGCAUUACUGAUGCUUGUAUUAACUGGGAGGAUUCUGAAUCUGUCCUUGAGAUGCUUGCCAAUGCUGUUAAACAGAGACAAGCGAAGCUUCAAGCUAACGGCACAGAAUAG